AUGGUGGCUGGACCGGCGACUGUCGCCGCCGUGCUGGUGAUGAUAGCCUCGGUAGUCGUCCUGCUCGUCGCGCCGGCGGCGGACAGCCAAUGCGACCCCCUGAGGGACGUCGUGGUCAAAGAGAGCGCCGGCGACAUCCAGUUGGACGGCGCUAAGAAGUACGGCGUGACGGUGUCCAACCAGGCCGGAGCCGCCGUCUCCGCGGUCCACCUCGCAUGCGCCUACGACUUCCGCCACGUGGACGACGACGUCGACCCGCGCGUGCUCGUCCAGGUCGCCCACGGCGACUGCCUCCUCGUCCGCGGCCGCGCCAUCGCUCACAUGCACGUCAUCGCUGCCACCUGCGCCACGGUCAUCACAUAA